CGGACCUCGACUCGAACAUGACAGCGCGUCCCAAAACCGGCGAGGCAGCACUACUGGGAUAGCAAUUGAAGGAGGCGGAAGGCUUGUGUAUACGGCGGCGCUCAAUGCACGAUGUUUGAUGAAGACGAUGCCGAUGCCGGGAAGGAAACGGACGGAUCCAUGACCAUGCAGUCCGAUUCGGUCCGAGAGUUGGCAGUAGAAUUAUAUAAAAUGGUCACGGAUUACUACGCCGAAGACAGGGACACCAGCGCAGCAUUGCCAUGGAGCCAAGCUGCGUUCACUCUCAUGGCCAUCAUGUUUGCAGUCGUCUUCGUCCCUCUCUUUAAAAUCACAGCUUCUGUUGUUCUGGCUGCUGCAUUCCGGGCUACUUCGUUUAUGAUAUUUAGUCCGGCCACCAUGGCGAAGAUCGUGGGCAGCGAAGGAUACAUCUACUACGCACAGAUCCUUGUGAAGCACUACGUAGGAUUCGGUCCUUUUUUCACCCUCUUCACGAAUCCUUUUGAGGCGAUUCCGAAGCUCCUGAAUCUCUGAUAAUAAGGAUUGAAGGAUUGAAGUUGAAGGAAAAGAGAGAGAGAGAGAGAGAGAGAUAGGGGGAGAGAGGAAAGGAAAGGAAGAAGGGGGUAAGGAUAAGGAGGAGGAUGAAGUGUGUAGGAUGUGAAGGAUGAGGAGAAAUUUUUCGAUUUUUCUUUUUAUUGUUUCAUCUUCAUCAUCUGUUCACUUGAUUUUCUUUUCCAUUUCAAUGUGCUUCGUUUUCUUUCCUCAUAAAUCUUUAAUUUCGUUUUUUUUCUACUUGAUUUUUUCUUACGUCGUUCCUCGCCCUUCCCAUUUUUUUGUCUUGUUCUCUUCACUUGGUUAUAUUUAUUUUCUUUUAGUUUAUGCCAUUCAUCUUUAGAGAUCACUUUCUUUGCAAAUUAUUUCAUGUUUAUUUUAGUUUCACUUUCUCUUCGCACCUCCAUUUUCUUUUUUAAAUUUCUCAACAUUAUCCAAUCGUGCGUUAGUUACUGUGUUCUUUUUUUUCCCCUUGUUUGUCUAUUUUUGUUUGCUCCAUUCUCCUUUUUUUAACCGCUUUGUCGUAUACACUUUCCGCUGCCUUGUGAUUCUUGUUUAAUCAGUUUCCAUUAUUUUUUAUGAUCUCUCUUUCCAUGUGUUAUAGUAUAUGUACGAGGAAACUUUUUUUUUUCAUAAACUGGUAUCCCAGGAA